GCCGUGUACACAGCUUUGCGUGCGCCGAACGAGCACGCGCUGACGUCACGAGGGCUGGGGCGAGCCGCUUAUGCCGGAAGGGAAAGAUGGCGGAUCCUGAGGAGCAUAUAUCCGACGAAGAGAAGGUGCGCAUAGCUGCAAACUUCGUCAUCCACGCCCCUCCUGGAGAAUUCAAUGAAGUUUUCAAUGAUGUGCGGCUGCUGCUUAAUAAUGACAAUCUGCUCAGGGAAGGCGCAGCACAUGCAUUUGCACAGUACAACUUGGAUCAGUUUACGCCAGUGAAAAUCGAAGGCUUUGAUGAGCAGGUCUUAAUCACAGAGCAUGGAGACCUGGGCAACGGCCGCGUUCUGGACCCCAAGAACAAGAUCUCCUUCAAGUUUGACCACCUGAGGAAAGAGGCAAGUGACCCGCGACCCCAUGAUGCAGACAGCGGCAUGGAAAGCUGGAGGAACGCCGUGGACAUUGCCGUGCGAGCCUACGUCAAGGAGCACUAUCCCUACGGCGUCUGCGCAAUUUAUGGGAAGACUAUCGAUGGACAUCAAACCAUCAUUGUGUGCAUAGAGUGCCAUCAGUUUCAACCAAAAAACUUCUGGAAUGGACGCUGGAGGUCGGAAUGGAAGUUCACCAUCACCCCGUCCUCUACUCAAAUUGUGGGGAUCAUGAAGAUCCAGGUUCACUACUAUGAAGAUGGCAAUGUGCAGUUGGUGAGCCACAAGGAAGUCCAGGAGCCCAUGAAUCUUUCGAAUGAGGCUCAGACCGCAAAGGAAUUCAUCAAGAUCAUGGAAGCAGCAGAGAAUGACUACCAGACUGCCAUUAACGAGAAUUACCAGACCAUGUCGGACACGACCUUUAAAGCCCUGCGCCGGCAGCUUCCUGUGACGCGCACCAAGAUCGACUGGAACAAGAUUCUGAGCUACAAGAUUGGCAAAGAGAUGCAGAAUGCUUAGGAGCAGCAUGUCGUGUGACAUCAUCAAUAAAAGCUGUGGUCUCACAUAAAACAUUUUACACACCAAAAGCCACUUUCUAUUAUGAAAUUAAUUUGCCACUCCUCCAGUCACAUCAUACUCCACAUGAAAUAAUGCCUUUUUUUCCUUUUGUGUGUUCAGUCGGGAAAUUUUAUGUGCAUCAUACCUUGAGGCACAAGUCCUGGGGGGGGUGAGACCACACUUUUUAUUAAUCAAUCACGAGAACUUCUAAGCCCAGAGAAAUAAAGAUUAUUUUAACGAA